GGAUUUGUACUAUAUUAAAGCAGGAGUUUUACAACUGUCUGUCAUUAAUGGAGUAAUUUAUUGAUGUUGAGACUGGUUGUUGGCUUCACCACCAGACGCAUGACAGAUGUUCUAAUGCAUUUUAGAUGUGCUAGACAAACAGCUACGGUAAUGACAAUGUAAAGCAAAUUAUGUGGAAAUCACACGCGUUUUCAUUUUUGCUUCAUUGUGCCCUCACGCCUUUGAGGAAAGAUUUGAUGACUCUCGUAAUUUUACUGAGGCAAGAGCCGCAAUUGUGGUAAGUGGUUGGACCUCUGCUAAGAUCUUUGAUGGUUGCCACCAGUGUGGCUACUUUGAUAUAGCAGUUUGUGUCUUAUAAUUUAUAAUAUCUUUACAAUUUUCGUUUACAUACCAAGGAAUUUCAGAUAUUUGCCUCUGUAAAAUUUUGACUAAAUCUUAAAGAAGAAUUGAGUCCAAUUUAGACUCAUGUUUUUGUGUUGUGCCAACUAAGAAUCCUUUGUUUGGAUAACUUAGUUUCUUUCUUUAGGAGUAUUUGACAGUCGCACGGACAGAACUUUUGUGCCUUUUUUAGUUACCUCAAUAUCAUGAAUCAUAAAUAUAAAAUAAACAAAUAGUUAUCAACUGAUCAUUUGAACUAAAUAUUGUUAGUUUGCAAAAUGUUUCUGUGUGACAAAUUAGCUCAACUCAAGGAUUUUAUAUAUCUGUUAAGUUUCUCCACUGACCAUAUUCGACAACCAGACGUGGUUGAGAAAUAUGGUAGCAUUCCACAGCAUUCCGAUCUCACUGUCUUAUUGUCUCAUGCAUCUUCCAGUAUCUGGCUAAGACUAAGCUGUGCAAACACAUAAAAGACAUUCAGAGACCUCAGAAAGGCUGACAUCGCAGUUUUAUGUAAUUUUCUUUCCUGUCAUAUUUCAAAUUUGUACAGAUUCGUUAAAUAUUUUACUGAGAUACAUCAGUCUAGCUGGCAUUCCUGCUUUCUGAUGUAAAUUAUGCAAAUUUACAGAACACACUGUGAAUUAAUAUAUAGCCAGACUACUCCCUAACUGGUUUAGACAGCCUGUGGGUUGUAUUUUAUCCAUGUACUUUGGAUGUUUGUUUAAAAGUGGCGUGGUCGAACAAUUACAGGAUACCACAAAGUAGCUGCCUGUAUUUGAAUUUGUGUGUGUGUGUGUUUCCUUAAUGUCAAGAGGUUUUCAGUCAUAUACAGUAACUCCCUCCAGGGAGGAAGGUUAGGAAGUGACAUGUGACAUAAGCAAUAAGUUGACAGGAACUUCUUGUGCGUGAUUAAAUAUGCGUGUUCAUGUAUCAGCAUGUGUUGUAACAAGAGUGGAGAAACGGCAGAAUGGAUCGACACAUUUGUAGGCAAGUCACACACACACACACACAGACACACUACUGUAGCUUACCAGCAACCCCUAUUCUUCUCAGACACGGACACAGACAUGUAGAGACACACAGCCUUGCAGAAAAGCAGGGGAUUCCGAUCCGUCACAGAGAUGACAUCACAGCAUGCCAUUAAUAAAAAAAAAAAAGAGAAAGAAACAGCCAAACAAGGGAGUCCCCAUGAUCCCUCCCUCCUACACAUACCAAAGAAUGAAGAGGGAAGGAGGGAGUAGCGCGGGGGUGAGUAACUCUUCACAGAAAGAGGAGUGAGAGAGAAAGACCCUUUUAAGGGUUCACAUGCACACAAGAGCCGGCUGACACACGCACAAACACGCUUUAGCUGUGUCUCCAUAGUGACUGGCUGUGCUGCCCCAGCUUUGGGAGGAAAUGCCAAACUCAGUGGUUCAGAGAACUACACACACACACACACACAUAAACACACACAGCUCUAUUCUAAUCCUCUGUCCGGCUACGACGGAAAAACCUCUCCUCAUCUUAUCACUCUGCUACCUCCCUCUGUCCCUUCUCUCCUCCUGUCCAUCCCAUUUUCCUCUCUUUUUCUCACCCCCCCUCCCUCACUCCCCCUCUCUCCCUCUUCAUCCUGUGUCUGUAUACUGGUAAGUUCACUGAAGUAGACAACAGAGAGAUGAAAGAGAAGAACCACUGGAAAACGCCUGUGACCAUCAUCAUCACUGUGAUUGGUGUCAUAGUGAUUGUUGCCUUGGUGACGGUAGCAGUUUUGCAGAACAAGCCCCUCCUCCAAAAGUACAAGUAUGGGAUUGUACUGGACGCCGGUUCCUCCCACACAGCUCUGUACAUUUACAAGUGGCCUGCAGAGAAGGAUAACAACACUGGAAGAGCUGAACAAAUGCAUGUCUGCAAAGUCAAAGGUCAAGGUAUCUCCAGCUAUGCGGCCAAUCCUUGGAAGGCAGGGGAGUCUCUGAGAGCGUGCAUGGAGGAGGCCGAGCAGUGGGUCCCCGGGAAAAGACACCACGAAACCCCUCUUUAUCUGGGAGCUACUGCAGGAAUGAGACUGCUCAAUAUGGAGAACAGCACGGCGUCAGAUAAGGUUUUUCAGGCUGUGAAGGAAGCCCUGCAGAGUUCACCCUUUUCCUAUCAGGGAGCGAGGAUACUCAGUGGCCAGGAGGAGGGCGCCUUCGGUUGGGUCACUGUGAACUACUUGGAUGACCGCCUCAAACAGGGUUUGGAAACCACAGGAGCCCUCGACCUUGGCGGGGCCUCAACCCAGAUUAGCUUUGUAUCCGAUAAUUUUGACGGUUCAGAGUCGCCAAGUAACUCUGUGACCUUCCGACUCUAUGGAAACGAUUAUAAUCUGUACACUCACAGCUUCCUGUGUUACGGGAAAGACCAAGCACUACGAUCAGUGGUGGCACACCAGACUCAGUCAGGUCCAGAAAAAAUAUUAGAUCCAUGUUCCAACCCUGGCUACAAUACAAUAAAGAACUACUCAGUGCUCUAUGAUAGCCCCUGCGUGUCAAACCGGAAACCCCAGAAAGCUCCUGCAUCCUUCCAUCUCACGGGAAAAGGAAACUUCGGAGAAUGCCAGAAAAUCGUCAGAAGUAUCUUCAACUUUACUAACUGCAAAUACAGCCAUUGCUCUUUCAACGGGGUCUUCCAGCCACAUUUGCAGGGCGCAUUUGGGGCGUUUUCUGCUUACUACUUUGUGAUGAGUUUCCUCAAUCUGACUGAUACAUCCAUGCCCCUGGAAACUGUCAAGGAAAAGCUAACAAGCUACUGCUCUACCCCUUGGGAACAGAUAAAGCAGCAGCAUCGAGCGGUUAAAGAGAAAUAUCUGGCCGAGUACUGUUUCUCUGGCACAUACAUCCUCACGCUGCUGACAGAAGGCUACAACUUCACCUCAGAGAGCUACUCCAAGAUAAAAUUCAUCAAAAAGAUAAAAGGCAGUGACGCAGGCUGGACGCUGGGCUAUAUGUUGAAUCUGACCAACAUGAUUCCAGCUGAGGCUCCAGACACUCCCCCUCUGCCCCACGCAGGCUACGUCUCCAUAGUCACCAUCAUGGCAAUACUGCUCUUCAUCCUCUUCAUCCUCAGCCUACGCCCUCUCUGGCCCCGCUGCUCCAAACUGCCUCAGGUUGUAUAGAAACAAACAGAUGUACUGUAUGUAUGAGUGUAUGUUAGAGCUUCUGAGUGGCUUGGUGGGGGCUGUUCUGCCAACAUGUGAAUCCACUUUACACUUUCCAGCUUUUGUGGGGAGUUCAAAGGUCAACAUCUGCUGCACAACAACAGUCCUGCAGUCACGUGGACUCAAGGACAAUACAGAAGGACAAAUACUUUUUCUCACUGGGGAGUGAUUCUGCUACUCUGAGUUGAAGGACAUGCAUAUGGGUGUAUGUUUGAGUCUGAAUGUGUGAAUUUGAAUGCGUGCUGUGCACCCACAUCAGUCUGCAUGUAUUUGUCUUGAAUUAUGAUGUGAAUAUGACACUGUAUAAAUAAAAUAACCCAUGUUUAUAUAAUA